AAGACUAUCUUUGCUUCCGCCAUGGCAGACAAAUGCCCAGUAGACCACGGCGGCCAUUCUUCAGACCAGUCCUGUCCCGUUGACCACAAAUCUCGCACGACAUGGACCUCUGUCUUCUCAGGCAGCAGUUCUGCUCACCCACCCAGCGCAUCUGCACUGUCGACCGAACGGGAGGUUUCUUCGAUACCCCGAACAGACGAUGGUCAUUGGGUAUACCCUUCGGAGGCUCAGUUUUUUGCUGCCAUGGCACGCAAAAAUCAUAAUCCGCAUGCUCCAGAUAUGAAGACCAUAAUUCCUAUCCAUAACGCCGUGAAUGAACGCGCUUGGUCGGAGCUGAUGAAAUGGGAAUCUGGGAGAGGUGGUGAAAAGUGCGGCGGAGUGAAGCUUGUAAACUUCAAGGGCAGACCUAAUGACCUGACUCCAAAAGCCCGACUCAUGACCUUGCUCGGGUACUCUGCUCCCUUCGAUCGUCACGACUGGGUGGUCGACCGAUGCGGAACCCAAAUUAGAUACGUGAUCGACUUUUAUACCGGACGGGGCGCAGGGUCACCGUCGUCAAAUAACGUGUCUUUCUAUCUCGACGUUCGGCCUGCCUUGGACAACUGGGAAGGGGUGAAAAUGAGAGCAGAUAACAUUUGGCAGGACUGGUUUGGAAGUCGCAGUAGCAGCACGCCAUCUCAGUCAUCUCAGCAGUCUUCGUAGACGUAUAUCCGAUCUCCACGCAUAUUUUAUCCCCACUCGUGGUUUAAUAAUCGUGAAUACAAAACCUACUUCACAGUUUACCGUU